CUGCUGUUGCUGCUGUUGCUGCUGCUGCUGCUGCUCUGACAUGCGCUUCUUCCACUGGGCAAGCUUUUCCUGCCGCUGUCUCAGAAUCUCCUCGGGUGUGGCAGCCGGCUGUGUCGAGCUGCCGCUUUCUGUCUUCGGUGCUGGCGCAGAGACCGAUUCUGUUGCCACAGCUACCACGGCCUCAUUCGGUAUUGAUGCAGCCGGCGCAGCUGACAAAGCUGUUGAUGCCUCGGGGGAUCUGCGAGGGACAUCGCUGGUGACGGAGCGGGUCGGGGUUGCGGGGCUGGAUUGGACCAUGGGCGAGGGUGUUGUCUCCGAAAACAGUGCCGAGAGUGCGGGAUUGAGCAUCGGUGCUGACGGGGUGCUGUUGCCUUCGCGAGUACGGCCGGGACCGGCUGCAUCGAUCGACUCGAGCGACCGGGCUGGGCUAUCAUGCGCUCUUUCUUCAGUUUUGGGGCGCUUGAGGUCUCUCUCGCGGUCUCGGUGUCGAUCGCGGCUGCGAUCCUUGUUUCGAUCCCAUCCGCGCUCACGGCUGCGGUCUCGACGGUCUCUAUCUCGAUCUCUGUCUCGAUCCCUGUCUCGAUCUCUGUCUCGAUCUCUGUCUCGAUCUCGAUCCCGAUCCCUGUCUCGGUCUCGAUGCUCACGCCGCUCGUGGCUGCGGUCUCGGCUACUGCGGUGGCGGUCCGAUUUAGAGUGCUUCUUGUGCGAGUCCUUCUUCUUGACCGACGACGAUGACGAGGAAUGGUGCUUGCGUUUGCGCGAGGAGGAAUCGUGGCCGUCCGAUGAAGCAGACGAUGCCGAGCCCGACGACUCGUAUCCGCGAGAAGAGGAGCGAUGACGACCCAUCGGCGAUGAUGCUCACUGCAGCUGUGAAGCGGGAAUGCCGCGGGAGGUUGAGCGGAUGGGUGGGAGAGAAAGGAGGAGUUGGAAGGAGUUCCUGGCUGCCGAUUCGAUCGGCUUUGUGCGGUCUUGUCGCCGAGGCGCACGCGACAGAUGCAGACGAAUGCGACGCGGGUGUUUUCCUCCGUGGGGGGGAUGAUGCAGCAGCUGCGACUGCGUUGCGGUGGCGAUUGCGUUGCGGUGACGACUGCGUUGCGGUGACGAUUGCGGCAACGGCGGUCUGAUGGA